AUGGGAAGGGGGGCGGCCUUGCUGGGUAGUGGGCCCAGCUCAAUAUCAGGGUCCCUCUGUUCGAGCAUGGCGACGUACACAGGAGCCAACAGAACCUUCAGUCUGGGGGAGAUGGAGAGAGCCACGGGCAAGUUCGACGACUCCAGGAUCGUCGGAGAAGGUGGGUUCGGCCGCGUGUACCAGGGCGCGCUCGAGGACGGAACCAUGGUCGCCGUGAAGGUGCUCAAGAGAGACGAUCAACAGGGGGGGCGAGAGUUUCUGGCAGAGAUCGAGAUGCUCAGCCGACUGCACCACAGGAACCUGGUCAAGCUCAUCGGUCUGUGCGCGGAGGAGCACCUCCGCUGCCUGGUCUAUGAACUCAUCCCCAACGGCAGCGUGGAGUCGCAUCUGCAUGGUGAGAGACGAAACCAACCCUUUCUCUAUGAUCUGAAAACAUGGAUUUGUUCCGUUUACCGUCUGUGAUUUGAUCCUUUCAACCUGGUCACCCAUUUCUUCGCUUAGAUUCGCUGUUCUUCCUUCCUGCCAUGCGGUUUCUGCUUAAUCACUUAGACUGGUUUCCGGCAGGGGUGGACAGGGAAGUGGCUCCUCUGGAUUGGGCUUCGCGGAUUAAGAUCGCCCUCGGCUCGGCUAGGGCUCUUGCAUACCUGCACGAGGAUUCAAGCCCCCCAGUGAUCCACCGGGACUUCAAGUCCAGCAACAUACUGCUCGAGCACAACUUCACCCCUAAGGUCUCUGACUUCGGCUUGGCGAGAGCGGCUCUGAACGAGGGGAAGGACCAUAUCUCAACCCGCGUCAUGGGUACCUUUGGGUAGGGAUUUAGAGAGAGAAAGACGCGUUCUUUUUUUAUUUUUUUCCCCCUCAUUUUGCUCAGCGUCCGCUGACCUAUGCGUAUAUCUGUGUUGGUCUUCUCCUUCGUGCAGGUACGUGGCGCCCGAGUACGCGUUGACCGGGCAUCUUCUGGUCAAGAGCGACGUCUACAGCUAUGGGGUCGUCCUCCUGGAGCUCCUCACGGGGAGGAAGCCCGUGGACAUGUCGCAACCCCCCGGGCAAGAAAACCUGGUCGCUUGGGCACAUCCGCUCCUCGCGAGGAAGGAGGAUCUGGAGGCCAUCGUUGACCCGGCUCUCGGCUCGAGCGUCCCAUUCGACGGCGUGGCGAAGGUGGCCGCCAUCGCCUCCAUGUGCGUCCAACCGGAGGUCUCCCACCGGCCGUCCAUGGGGGAGGUGGUUCAGGCGCUGAAGCUGGUGUGCAAUGACGGCGACAACCCGGGUGGAUCAGGGAGGAGCUUCAACCCGGAGGACGAGGAAGCUGUAAUCGGCGCCGCAUCGUCCUUCUCAGUCUCUGCAAAUCCGAGAACAUCCGCAGGGUUUGCAGCAGAGGCGCGGGGAUCUCUAAGAAGGCAUUCCAGCAGUUCGGAACCUCUGAGGACUGGUGGAAGUGGCCGGUUUUCGGCGAGGAACGAGGUCCUCGUAAGGAGGAAGCCGGAGCGGUGA